CACAACGACGACCGACCGCCGACAGGACGGGCCAGUCACAAUGUCGGCUUUCCACCGUCUCCAUCUCGACAUAGAUUCUAGAGCAGACCCACCACCGGCAACGUUCACCUCCCGCGCCAGGACAUGUGCUGAGCGCUUCUCGUCUAUCCUACCUCGUUCUUUACCCCUAAUGCCGACGUUCACGGUUUCCAAGGACGGGCCGCAGUGCGCGCCCGACCCGCUCAAGGCGGCGCGUAUCGUGAGCUUUAUCGCGGCCGUGUUUGUCGGUCUUGCAAGUGGCUCAAACUACGUCUACUCUGGAUAUGCGCCGCAGCUUACCUCCAAACUCGGCAUCACGUCCACACAAGCCAACCUCGUCGGCUUGGGUGGCAACCUCGGUGUGUACCUCACAGGCCCGAUCUGGGGCAAGGUUGUUGACGCCAAGGGGCCGAGGAUCCCGCUCAUCUUCGGCGCGGUCCUCAACCUCCUGGGAUACUCGUUUGUGCGCCUCUUCUACAUCGGUUUCUUCCCCAUCCGCGAUGAGGUGACGGGCGAGACGUCGCACCUCCAGCUGUUCCUCCUCACCCUAUCCAUGUUCCUCACUGGCGUGGCGGGCUCCGCGGGCUUAUCAGCGGGGAUCAACGCCACUGCGCGCUCGUUCCCGGACCGCACGCGCGCGUCGGCGACAGGCGCGGUGCUGGCUGGCUUUGGCCUCAGCGCGUUCCUCUUCAGCACCCUCGGCCACGCCAUCUUCCACGGCGAGGCGGGCGGCCUGCUCCUCCUGCUCGCUAUUGGGACCGCUACGCCCGACCUUGUCGGCAGCAUCCUCGUCCGCCCGUACCCUCCUGUCGACUAUGAGGAAGCCCUGGUGAUCCACGAAGAGGAGGAGGAAGAGCUGCUCGACCCAGAAGAAGCCGAGGACGCGCUCGCGCGCACCGUCAGCCUCACCGAGGGCAUGGGCGUCACCCCCGACUUUACAGAACGUGCCGUGCGCCGCAGCCUCGAGAUGUCGCAUUCUGGACUUUUGGAUCCCGAGGAGGGCCAGGGGCGGUCGACCGACCAGCUCAUCCGCAGAGCUCGCCUCGACUCGAGCGGAUCCCUGCCCCCCACGGCGAUCAACUUUACACCGCUGCAGGUAUGGCGCAGCACCGACUUUCAUAUCCUGUUUGUCGUCCUCGCACUGCUGUGCGGUGUGGGCCUCGAGUGGAUCAACAAUGUUGGGGCCGUCACCCUCGCUCUUGCUCGCGACGGGUGGUCAUAUGAUGCCCGUGCAGUGGCUGCGUUGCAGGCCAAGCAAGUCGCCACAAUCUCUCUGCUCAACUGUGCCGGUCGUAUUGUAGCCGGUGCCGUCUCCGACUUGUGCAAAGCUCGGUUUGGUGUUAAGCGGGUGUGGUUCCUCCCCAUUGUGGCUGUCAUGUUCCUUGGCUCACAGCUGGCUGUGCUCCGAACGACAGACGUCCAAAGCCUAUGGCUGGUGUCUGCCGCACUGGGCCUGUCCUACGGCUCUCUGUUCAACGUCUUGCCGAUGCUCGUCCUCGAAUGGUUUGGCAUGGCCCAUUUCAGCCAAAACUUUGGUUGGAUGAACCUGGGCCCUGCAAUCGGCGGCAACGUGUUCAACUUUUUGUUCGGAAGGGUCUAUGAUUCGAACACUGUCGGGCGCGUGGGCGGCCCAGAGCCGCCAGCGACAUCCGAUGAUGUGGCGUCGCCGAGUGCGAGCGGUCGGCACGCCGCAGCUUUUGUUCAACACAUUAGUGAAAGGCUGUUGGCGGCGCCACCCGCGCCGGACCGCAAGCACGAGUGUUUGCUUGGACGGGGCUGCUACGUGACUGCGUUCCGAGUGAGCGUGGUCGCGUGUCUCGUUGCGCUCGCCUUGAGCCUGGUUGCGGGCGUCCGCCGGGAACGCCUGUCGGUUGAACGUAAGCGUGCAUUAAGAGCGGAGCGAGCUGCCGUGUUGAGCCACGAUGAGUGA